AUGAAACGAACUCCGUUUGGCCUUGGAGAUCGAGACGCUAAUGAUAAUACAAACGAUGGCUCAGAUCCCCAACCAGCCUUUGGCGGAGAGCAUUCACUGCGCAUUUAUGGCCUACAAACCUCACGUGACACUGCUCUACCCGCAGGUCCUAAUCAAAAUGUCGGAAUCGAACGUGAAAACAUUCAAGAAAUGCUUCGAACCGCCGCCUGGAAGUGAGGGAGAAUUGUGCGGAGACGAAUAAGCGGUGCGUAAACGGGGCAGACACACACAGCCACCCCGUCUUCUCCAUUCCCCCCAUUGCUCGCCCCUUUCUCUCGUCUCGUCUACUCCAAAUGAAUGAAGAAAAAACCGUAGGGUUUGCGGGCGUUCCGUUCCGUCUGAUGGCGAAAGCGAUAGGACCAAACCGGAUAUAUCCAAAAAUUUUGGAAGGUGAUCACCAAAGACGGGGAGAAUUUUGAAGGUCUCUGCGAAAAUUUGGAAUUGCCGACCUGCGUCUACAAUAACCAAUAAAAUCACCCGAAAAGUUAGGUCCGCCGAUGACAGAAAGUUAAUACUAUAUUUACCGCGAAGAUGAGCUUCCAAGCUUUUGGUCUGGUUCAUCAAGUUUUCAUAAGUAAUUUUGUCCAGACUGAUCCCUAAAUCAUUCCAAAAACAGGCAAAUUUUGUUGACCAUCGGUUCUUGUGCAUGCAGAGUCACCGCACAGUGCACUGAGCCAGAAUUUGGUGAUUGCACGGUGCGGAAAGUUUGCCACAUUUCACUUCCAAAAAUUUCCCAAAAAAUCCGCCUUCCAGGCUCCCAAAAGUGACGAAAAUCCUCCGAAAUCCAAAGCGACGAAAAUUCGCAGAGGUUUGUCGCUGAAAUCACCAAAAACCACUGCACUCUGGGCCUGCGACGUCAAUUUUGUAGCUUAUUUCACUCCAGAUCACUGCGAGUUUUGCCCGUGACAUUGAAAGAAAUUGCGAGAGAGUGCGCGUUUGAAGGAGAGAGGAAGAGAAAGAGAGACGAAAAAGGCGACACUUGUGAUCACCGGGCAGAAUGCGACAUGCAUUUUGAAUGCACAGUGCAGUCAGAUUGA